AUGUAUGAACGACAUAAGAGGCGCUACAGCUUAUGUGACAUCUCCAAGGUGGACAGGACAGUGGAUGUGGUACUGUUGAAGAUAAACCGGGAAAACUGGUGUACCAUAGAAUCAUGCCCAGAUCCAUCACUGUUGGCUCCAAAACAGACCACAGAAUGCGAAAACUUCUUAGAAGUUGGACUGGGUAGAGAGUGUGCCUCAUCGCAGGGUGUUCUUAAAAGAGAAUCUGGCAGCGAUUCUGACCUCUUCCCUUCUCCCAGUGAUGAAAUGGAUGACAGCAUUAUCUUUACAAAGCCUGAAGAGGAGCAAUCAGUCUGUGAUAUCACUGGGUCCAGUUCUUCCACAGAUGAUACAGCCUCCCUGGAUCGACAUUCUUCCCAUGGCAGUGACAUCUCCCUCCCCCAAAUUCAGACCCUGCAUAGGACCAAGGAUCGGCAGAGCGUGGAUGGGUUCUAUGGCCAUACGGUAGGAGGUGAGGGACGGGAAAGUGAGAGUGAACCUGCUGGCUCAGGUGAAAUGGAAGAAGAGGAAAUGGACAGCAUCACUGAAGUGCCCACAAACAGAUCUGUCCUGCGGAAUUCUAUGCGUUCUCUGUCCCCUUUCCGGAGACACAGCUGGGGACCAGGGAAAAAUGCUGCCAAUGAUGCUGAGAUGAAUCACCGAAGUUUCAGUUUAGAAGGCCUUUCUGGAGGAGCUGGGGACAACAACAAGCCCUCCUCAGCCUUGGAUGCCAACUCUACAAGCUCAAAAGAGCUGAGGCGAAGUCCCUUUGGUGGUGAGGAACGUGGUGACUCUCUGGUGUCCCUCACUGAAGAGGACCUGGAGUCAGACCAGAGAGAGCACAACAUGUUUGACCGUCAGCCACGCCAGAGAGCCAAGCAACAGGGGUUUAAUUACUGUACAUCAGCCAUGUCUUCUCCAUUGACAAAAUCCAUCUCAUUAAUGACAAUUAGCCAUCCUGUAUUAGACAAUUCACGACCCUUCCAUAAUACCAGUGCUAAUUUAACUGAAAGUAUAAAUGAACAGGCCUUUAACUUUGUCCCACAAAGCCCCUCCAAGAAAGAUUUUGAAGGGAAAAGCGGAACAAAAGUCAGUCGUACCUUCAGCUACAUCAAGAAUAAAAUGUCUAGCAGUAAGAAGAGUAAAGAGAAGGAGAAGGACAAAGACAAGAUUAAGGAGAAAGAUAAAGAUUCCAAAGAGAAGGAGAAGGACAAGAAGACAUUGAAUGGACAUACAUUUGGUUCCAUCCCUGUUGUGGGCCCAAUCAAUUGCAGCCAGUGUAUGAAAGCCUUCACCAACAAAGAUGCCUACACAUGCGCAAGUUGCGGUGCUUUUGUCCACAAAGGCUGUAGAGAAAGUCUGGCUUCUUGUGCAAAGGUCAAAAUGAAGCAACCUAAAGGAAAUCUUCAGGCACAUGACACUUCUUCACUACCCACAGUCAUUAUGAGAAAUAAAUCUUCACAACCUAAGGAGCGCCCUCGUUCUGCAAUCCUUGUACCUGAUGAGACCUCUGUGGCUCCAUUAUUCCCUAACAGGCGGUCACAGCAGUGUGCUUCACUUUCCAAAAGUGUCUCUAUACAGAAUAUUGCUGGAGUUGGCAAUGAUGAGAACAUGGCAAACACCUGGAAAUUCCUGUCCCAUUCAACAGACUCUUUAAAUAAAAUCAGCAAGGUCAAUGAGUCCACAGAAUCUCUCACUGAUGAGGGGAUAGGUACUGAUAUGAAUGAAGGACAACUCAUGGGAGAUUUUGAAAUGGAUUCUAAACAACUGGAGGCGGAAUCCUGGAGUCGGAUUGUAGAUAGCAAGUUUUUGAAACAACAAAAAAAGGAUAUAGUCAAGCGGCAAGAAGUGAUUUAUGAAUUGAUGCAGACAGAAUUACAUCAUAUUCGCACUCUGAAGAUCAUGAGUGAUGUGUAUAGCCGAGGAAUGAUGACAGACCUGCUUUUUGAGCAGCAAAUGGUAGAAAAACUGUUCCCUUGCUUAGACGAGCUCCUCAGUAUUCACAGCCAGUUCUUUCAGAGAAUUCUGGAAAGGAAGAAGGAAUCCCUGGUGGAAAAAAGUGAAAGAAAUUUUCUCAUCAAGAGGAUAGGAGAUGUCCUUGUGAAUCAGUUUUCAGGUGAGAAUGCAGAGCGCCUAAAGAAAACAUAUGGCAAAUUUUGUGGUCAGCACAACCAAUCUGUGAACUACUUCAAAGACCUUCACACUAAAGAUAAGCGUUUUCAGGCUUUUGUAAAGAAGAAAAUGAGCAGUGCAGUUGUUAGGAGGUUGGGCAUCCCAGAAUGCAUCUUACUUGUAACUCAGCGCAUUACCAAAUAUCCAGUUUUGUUGCAAAGAAUAUUACAGUGUACCAAAGAAAAUGACUUAGAACAGGAAGAUCUAGCCCAUUCACUCAGCCUGGUGAAGGAUGUGAUUGGAGCAGUGGACAGCAAAGUUGCAAAUUAUGAAAAGAAAGUUCGUCUUAAUGAAAUUUACACCAAGACUGACAGCAAGUCAAUUAUGAGGAUGAAGAGUGGACAGAUGUUUGCCAAGGAAGAUUUGAAACGAAAAAAGCUUGUUCGAGAUGGGAGUCUUUCCCUGAGAAAUUCAGCAGGGAGGUUGAAAGAGGUCCAGGCAGUUCUACUCACUGACAUUCUGGUUUUCCUUCAAGAAAAAGACCAGAAGUAUGUCUUUGCAUCACUGGACCAGAAAUCAACAGUGAUCUCGUUAAAGAAGUUGAUCGUACGAGAAGUGGCCCAUGAAGAGAAGGGUUUAUUCCUCAUCAGCAUGGGAAUGAAGGAUCCAGAGAUGGUUGAAGUCCAUGCCAGCUCUAAGGAGGAACGGAACAGUUGGAUUCAAAUCAUUCAAGAUACUAUCAAUGCCCUGAACAGAGAUGAAGAUGAAGGAAUCCCCAGUGAAAAUGAAGAAGAAAAGAAAAUGUUGGAUGCCAAGGCAAGAGAAUUAAAAGAGCAACUCCAGCAGAAAGAUCAGCAGAUCUUAGUUCUGUUGGAGGAAAAGGAGAUGAUUUUCCGGGACAUGACAGACUGCGGCGCCCCUCUGUCAGAGGACAGUUCCCCAACGCACAGCUCCAGGGUGCUCUUCAGAUCCAACACCGAGGAGGUGCCCAAGGGAGGGCCCAUCAUGAAGAGUGCCAUCAGCGAGGUGGAGAUGCUCCAGGGCUUGGUGAGUGGCAGCCUAGGGGGCACCCUCGGGCAGUCCGUCAGUAGCACCCUGGAGCCAGAAGGAGGACCGGUGGGACCUGUCUCCUUACCCCGGAGGGCAGAAACCUUCGGAGGGUUUGACAGCCACCAGAUGAAUGCCUCCAAAGGUGGUGGUGAGAAGGAAGAUGGAGAUGAUGGCCAGGAUCUUCGGAGGACAGAAUCAGAUAGUGGUCUAAAAAAGGGUGGAAAUGCUAACGUGGUAUUUGUGUUGAAAAGAAACAGCGAGCAAGUCAUCCAGAGUAUUGUUCAUCUACAUGAACUUCUUAGCACUCUGCAGGGUGUGGUGUUACAGCAGGAUAGCUACAUUGAGGACCAAAAGUUGAUGCUCAGUGAGAGGGCAAUAACCCGGAGCUCAUCCAGACCAAAUUCUCUGAUUGAGCAAGAAAAGCAGCGGAGCUUAGAAAAGCAGCGACAGGAUCUGGCCAACCUGCAGAAGCAGCAGGCACAGCACCUGGAGGAGAAACGCAAGAGGGAGAAAGAAUGGGAGGCCCGAGAGAAAGAGCUGAUGGAGCGGGAAACACGGCUGACCCAGUGGGAGGAGAAGGUGCAAAGAGGGCAGCAGGACCUGGACAAGGAUAGAGAAGAGCUCCAGCAGAAGAAAGCAGCUUAUCAGUCUGACCUGGAGCGGCUCCGAGCUGCUCAGAAGCAGCUUGAAAAGGAACAAGAGCAAGUGAAGAAGGAGAUGGAGCGAUUAACCCAAAAGCAGGCAGAACAUGAUGCUAAUCAGGUUUCCUAUCAACAUAGCAAACUGAUGCGGAUUCCAGCCUUCUUCCCCAACCCCGAGGAACCUCCCCAGCUAACAACACCUUCCAUAGCCCAGACAGGAUCUUUGGACUCAGAACUUUCAAUAUCCCCCAAAAGGAACAGCAUUUCUCGGACACACAAAGACAAAGGACCUUUCCACUUACUCAGUUCAACCAGCCAGGCGAGUAAAGUAUCAGAAGGGCAGAGCCAAAUCCCGGUGUCCACCUCUGCCUCCACACGCCUCUUUGGUUUAGCAAAGCCAAAGGAAAAGAAGGAGAAGAAGAAGAAGAGCAAAGGAGGCCGUUCUCAGCCAGGUGAUGGUCAUUCACCUGAAGCCCCAACUGAGGGCGAAGAGAUCUUCUGCUGAUGGUCAGAUUUUUUUUUGUUCUAUUAAGAUAGAAACUAUUGGAAUCUGACCCACCAUCAUCACCACCUGGGCCUUCUCCACUGCUAGCACAUGGGCUUUACGUGAUGGAAACUUUCCUUCUCUUUGUUUAGAAACACAUUACAGUGCUCUCCUGGAUCCUGGAUUUGAUGGAAAUAAAUUGAGUAUUGGGGCAGGGAAGGAA